UCGGCGGUGAUGGCCGGUUUACGGGGUGUGGGGCUUGACGGUGACUUGGAGAAUACAUCAAGGUAUGGGUGAUGUCGGCUCACGGAAGGCGGAGGAACUCGGGUGAUCUGCCCUCCCCAGCGGCCUUGCAGCGCCACCGGGGAACCGUAUGCUGUUUCUUGAGUCCGUGGGGAGUCGAGGCUGCCGACGUGGCCCCCAGACGCGGCUCCUGGGCAUUGCGAGCUGGUCGGUUCUCGGCCUGGUGUGCUUUUGGAACGCGGUCAGCCCUUGACUAGCGUUGGGUUCAGCUGAAUGAACACCAGAAACUGGGGGCGGGUGGAAUCCAGAGCUUAGAUGCAUUCACACGAAUCAGCGGACGAAUGCAGGAUGUUCCUGGUGGUCUAGUCUCAGAACUUAUAUCUCCAGUCUCCACAAUGAUUCCCUUCCAAGUCCAGUGGUGCCCAGUUGCCUCCAGGUCUCAGACUCCUACGUGGACAAGAAAAGCUUAGUGAGGAAAUGGUAAAUCUCCAGUUGCUCCCUGAGGUGUCAAGUGUCUAGUGGCAGUCCAUGGAGAUCCAAUUCAAUUAUGAAGCUCAAAAACACUACCUUCUGUCAGAUGGUGGGACUAAGGCCAAAGUUGGAGAGCUGGCUUCCGAGGAGGAGAUUACAGCAAAAAUUGAACCAUUGACUGAAGAGUCUGGUAACCCCAGAGAUAAUGUUCUCCAGGAUUCUGAAUGCAGGGAAUUCUGUGGAUUUGGGGGUAAAUUCAAUGAAAAGGAUCAGAACCUCUUCAAAAGAAGACAACAUAACUGUGAUGAAUGUGGGCAAAACUUUGCUUGUAGUACAGGCCUUAUUAGGCAUCGAAGAACCCAUUGGGAGAAACCCUAUGAAUGUGAUAAGUGUGGAAAGACCUUUAAUGUGAGCUCAGCCCUGGUUCUGCAUCAGAGAAUUCAUACUGGGGAGAAACCCUAUCCUUGUAAUUGGUGUAUUAAAAGUUUCCGUCGGAGCUCAGACCUUAUUAAACAUCAAAGAGUCCACACUGGUGAAAAACCUUACAAAUGUGAUGAAUGUGGGAAAGCCUUCAGUCAGAGCUCUGAUCUUAUUAUACAUCAGAGAAUACAUACAGGAGAAAAACCCUAUCAGUGCAGUCAUUGUAGUAAAAGUUUUAGCCAGCGCUCAGACCUGGUUAAACAUCAAAGAAUACAUACUGGAGAGAAGCCUUAUACAUGUAACCAGUGUAACAAACAUUUUAGUCAGAGUUCUGAUGUUAUAAAACAUCAAAGAAUCCAUACUGGUGAGAAACCAUAUAAAUGUGAUGUGUGUGGAAAAGCCUUCAGUCAGAGCUCAGAUCUUAUUCUACAUCAGAGAAUCCACACUGGAGAGAAACCAUAUCCAUGUAAUCAGUGUAGCAAAAGUUUCAGUCAGAACUCAGACCUUAUUAAACAUCGAAGGAUCCACACUGGAGAGAAACCCUAUAAAUGUAAUGAAUGUGGGAAAGCUUUUAAUCAGAGCUCAGUCCUUAUUCUGCAUCAGAGAAUUCACACUGGAGAGAAACCCUAUCCAUGUAAUCAGUGUAGCAAAACCUUCAGUAGACUUUCAGAUCUUGUUAAUCAUCAACGAAUUCACACUGGAGAGAAGCCUUACCCAUGUAACCAGUGCAGUAAAAUGUUUAGUCGAAGAUCAGACCUUAUUAAACAUCAUAGAAUUCAUACAGGUGAGAAACCCUAUGAAUGUGAUGAGUGUGGGAAAACCUUUAGUCAAAGCUCAAACCUUAUUCUGCAUCAGAGAAUCCACACUGGAGAGAAACCCUAUCCAUGUAGCGAUUGUACUAAAAGUUUUAGUCGUCGUUCAGACCUUGUGAAACAUCAGAGAAUACACACUGGAGAGAAACCAUAUGCAUGUAAUCAGUGCAAUAAAAGUUUUAGUCAAAGCUCAGACCUCACUAAACAUCAGAGAGUACACUCUGGGGAAAAACCCUAUCAUUGUGAUUGUUGUGAGAAAGCCUUCAGUCAGAGUUCUGACCUUAUUCUUCAUCAGAGAACUCACACUGGAGAAAAACCAUAUCCAUGCACACAGUGCAGCAAAAGUUUCAGUCAGAACUCCGACCUUAUCAAGCACCAGAGGAUCCACACUGGGGAAAAACCAUAUAAAUGUAAUGAAUGUGGGAAGGCUUUCAGUCAGUGCUCAGCUCUUGUCCUACAUCAGAGGAUCCACACUGGGGAGAAACCAUAUCCAUGUGAUCAAUGUGGCAAAAGCUUUAGUCGGCGCUCUGAUCUUAUUAACCAUCAAAGAACCCACACUAAUGAAAAUCCAUAUAAAUGUGAUGUGUCUGGGAAAGCCUUCAGCACAUGCACUGAUCUUACUGAACACCAGGGAAUCCACAUUGGAGAGAAACCCCACAGGUGUGUUCAAUGCAGCAGAAAUUUUAGCCAACUCUCUGAUCUUAUUAAUCAUGAGAAAGUCCAUUCUGGGGAAGCCACUCUAAAUGUGAUGAAUAUGGGAAAACCUUUAGUGUAUACACCAACUUUAUUCAGUACCAGAGACACUCUGCCAGAAAAAAAUCUUAUGAAUGCUAUGGAUGAUUAUGAAAAAGGUUUUAAUCAAUGCUCAACUCUUGUGCUACAUUAAAAAAAACACACACAAGAGAAAACAUAUUAAUUCAAUUUUUAUAAUGAAAGUUUAACUUAGAGCUCAGACAUUACUAAAGAAAAAGUCUGAGGAGGAAUCCUGUGAGUUGUUGGAAAACCUUCAAUGUGAAAAAACUUUUUACUGAAUGUCAGAAACAAUGGAAAAAAUUUCUAUCUGCUGUAAUGUAAGAAAAGCUCUAGUCUUUUAUUCAAACACUACACAAGAGGAAAGUUUUAUCAUUAUAAGAAAUGUCUAACCAUAUUAAUGCAGAACCUUAUCAGAUAUUGUAAAAACCAGUGUGCUGUUAUGUGCAAUCAGAACUCAGAAGGAAAUGUAUUAGUGUUAUAAUCUCAAACCUUUAGUGAGCCCAGAUCACCUAUUGCAUAUCACAGAAGUUAUUUUAGAGAAUGUAGGGAAAAUUUAAACCCUUCCCAUAUCUUAAUUGGCAUUCACUCUGAUAAUUCGCAUACCACUUAUCUCCUGACAGCUGGAGAAUCCUACCUUAUGCAAACAUUAGUUAUUAAAUUCCCUCUGUGUGAACAUGCUAUACUAUUCUGGUAUUAAACUUAUUAACUGCAUAACUCUAGUGCCCCAUUUUCUGAAAUAUCCUUUUUUUUGUGGGGGUGGCCAAGUUUUGGUCUUCCUAGUGAGCAUGAGUUUUCAAGUUCCUGUGGUGUUCACAGCAAACAUGAAUUUAUUUUGCUCUUAAUAAUGUAGCCCAUCCAUAAACUUUAGUGGUUUGAAAUUACUUCUUCAACACUACCAUUUAAUUACAGUUUCUAAAUAUGUGAAACAACUUUUUAAAAAAUAAUUCCAUAUGUUAAAGUGUGAAUAUUUCUCUACUACUGUGUUUAUCCUGUCUGUCAUCUAUAGAUUGAACAAAAAUGUUAGCUAAAGUAACACCCACAUGACUAAUUUAUAUUGCAUAUUCUGUCUAAAAAUAAAAAGACCUAUUGAUCAUUUUUUUAAUGGCAACAUUCAUCAGACUUUGUUGAUUUCUGACAUAUAUAGUGAUAA